AAGCGAGAAAGAGAGAUAGAUAGAGAUAGAGAACACUGGUGUAUAGAGAGCAGGAACUGGGAGUAAGAGUAGGGUGGAAUUCACACGGAAUAUUCAGCUGUACAUUUCGUUGGAUAUAUGUUUUCAUAAUAAUUAUUGCGACGUGGACACUGUUUCUCUUGUCUCAGAUGUGAUCGUGUUUUCAUCACAUCACUGCCCCCGGUGUCCAGUGAGUGACAACUACAGUGGAUAUUAUUUAACUCCGCUAGAACAGCCGUCAGUCAGCCUUCACUUUCGAGGUUUUGGAGUCGAUCAAUUAAUUAAAUUGGAAAAUACAUUCCCAACAUGGCUACGGAUCAAGAAAAGAAUAAACAGCUUAUGAUAAAGCUGUUGGAGAGACCGGGGAACGGGAGCUGUGUGGAUUGCGGAGCUGCAGACCCGGAGUGGGCGUCCUACACCCUGGGUGUGUUUGUGUGUCAGAGCUGCUCGGGUCUCCAUAGAAACAUCUCCCAGAUCAGCAAAGUCAAGUCUGUCCUGCUGGACCCAUGGAGUGAUGCAGAGGUAGAGUUCAUGGCGUCCAACGGCAACAAUGCUGCUAAAGCCAAAUAUGAACAGAAGGUGCCUGUUUUCUACUACCGUCCAACACACACAGACUGCCAGCUCCUUCGGGAACAGUGGAUCAGAGCCAAAUACGAGAGGAAGGAGUUUGUGUGUGUGGAGAGACAGGAGCCUUACUCUGCAGGGUACCGAGAGGGGUUUCUAUGGAAACGGGGCCGAGAUAACGGACAGUUCCUGAGUCGAAAAUGUAUUCUGUCAGAGCGGGAUGGUGCUCUGAAGUACUACAACAAGCAUGAUGCCAGAGAGCCCAAGGCUCUGAUGAAGAUUCACACCCUGAAUGCCUCCUUCCAGCCUGGGAAGAUCGGCCAGCCUCACGGCCUGCAGGUCACCUAUCUGAAGGACAACAGCACUAGGAACAUCUUUGUCUACCACAAGGAUGGCAAGGAAAUGGUGGACUGGUUCAACGCCAUCAGAGCAGCCAGAUUUCACUACCUACAGGUCGCUUUCCCUGGGGCCCAUCACGCUGAUUUGGUGCCAAAGCUGACACGAAACUACAUCAAGGAAGGCUACAUGGAGAAGACGGGUCCAAAGCACACAGAAGGCUUCAAGAAGAGAUGGUUCACUAUGGAUGACAGGAGACUCAUGUACUUCAAGGAUCCUCUGGAUGCCUAUGCGCGCGGUGAGGUGUUCAUUGGUAGUAAGGAGAACAGCUACAUUGUGCUCCCCGGCCUUCCCCCAUCCACCCAGGGCUACCACUGGCAGUUUGGCAUCACCAUAGUAACGCCCGACAGGAAGUUCCUGUUUACGUGCGAGACCGAAGAGGAGCAGCAGGAUUGGAUGGCUGCUUUUCAGGGUUUGGUGAAUCGACCAAUGCUGCCCCAGGAAUAUGCAGUGGAGGCCCACUUUAAGCACAAGCCCUGAGAGGAGGAGGAGAAGGAAAAAGAGGGAGGCUGGACUGGAGGCUGGACAUACCCCCUGGAUGAGGACAGACAAAUAGGAUCCUUCUCCUCAUAAUGAGAAAAAUCCCACCAAGUUGACUACAUACCCUUCAAUGGCGCUGCUAGUGCUGAGUGAUUAGUGCUUUUUGAGGUUGGUUCGGUUCCGGUUAGAUAAGAAAAUAAUCAAGUAUUUUUUACAUUAAAUGCACUAUUCAUAAUGUGGGUUGAAUACUGUAACAACACAGAAUAAAACAAAUUAAUACAAUUUCCAUGAAGGUAGUGA